UUCUAACAGUUUUGUAACACGCUUCGAAUUGUGCGGAUUGUCAGGCAACAAAAACAAACACCAACCAAAAUAAAAUAGCAACAAUGUAUUUUAAAAACUUUUUUGUAAACAUUUUUAUUUUAUUCGGCUUGGUGAUAGCGUGGAGUACUGUGGCGAACGGUGCCUUUCCGGAUGAUCCAAAGCCCUGCAAAUAUGGCGAUGAACAAUGUAUUGGAAAAGUUAUUGGACUUAUUGCAAGGGAGAAAUAUGGUGGUGAUGACAGCCUGAAUUUAAGUGCCAUGGAUCCCAUACCUGUCAAAAAGUUCCACAUCAAACAGGGUAGUGAUAGUCCAGUCAACAUUGAUUUGUUAUUUACCAACAACGUGGGGAUUGGACUUAAAACGGCAACAUUGUUAAAAACGAAAGGCUUCGGCAAAGAUUUGGCAACAAAACAUGAAGUUAUAUUCAAAACUGAUAAACUGGCCUUAGUGGGAGACUAUAAGAUAUCCGGCAAGGUGUUGGUACUUCCCAUACACGGUUCGGGUAAAAGCAAUGUAACACUGGUCGAACCCAAAAUAACUAUCAGUUGGAUGGGCACACCAAAUGUAAAGGAUGGUGGUGCUACCCACAUGAAAUUGGAUAAAUUCACCGUUGAUUUGGAACCAAAGAAUGUCAUUUUCAAUUUUGAGAAUCUAUUCAACGAUAAGUUUCUCAGCGAUAAUAUGAAUAAAUUCUUAACUGACAGUUGGAAGGAAACCUAUCCCGAAAUCCAUACCGCAUUGACAAAGGGCUUGGCUCCGAUUGCCCGCAAUGUUAUUCAGGGUGUUUUUGAUAAACAUCCCUAUGAGAAAUUGUUUUUAGAAUCAUCGCGCAGUAAAAUGCCAAUCAAAGUGGUUAUAUUAUUAGUUGCAGUGGCGAUUGGUGGCGUAAUUGGUGAUUUUCCUGAUGAUCCGAAACCCUGCAAACAUGGCGAUGUUGAGUGUAUUGGAAAGCUAUUUAACUACUUUAUGAUUGAAAAACACAGUGGCGAUACAAAUUACGAUUUAAAGUCUAUCGAUCCUCUCUUUCUCGAAACAUUGGUAGUGGCGCGAGGUGCCGAAAGUCCAGUUAAUAUUAGAUGCUCAAUGAAUGGUUCUGAGGUCCUGGGGAUAAAAACUUUAAGAUUUGAGAAAAAGAAGGGCUUUGGCAAGGAGAUUGCCGGUAAACAUGAAAUUUCAGGCCAAGCCCAGUAUCUGUCACUGGUCGGCGACUAUGUCAUAACGGGUAGUGUUUUGAUUUUACCCAUAAAAGGCGAGGGUAAAGCAAAUAUUACCAUGCACGAACCCAAAUAUCGCAUUGGCUGGACCGGAUCACCAUAUGAAAAAGACGGAGCCACUUAUAUGAGAGUCAAAAAUUUCUAUAUCGAUUUGUAUCCCAAGAGUAUUACGUUCAAUUUCGAAAACCUCUACAACAACAAGGAAUUAAGCGAUAACAUGAACAAAUUCUUGACCAAGAACUGGAGCGAAAUCUAUCCGGAGCUAGCCGAACCUCUGACACGUGGUGUCAGUUUUGUUGCCAACCAAGUUGUCGAUCGUUUCUUUGCCAAAUAUCCGUAUGAGAAAUAUUUUACAAAUUAAAUUGUAAAUGAAUUUUAUGAAAUUAAAUGA